AUGUCGGCCGUCGGCGUCAAGCGGGAUCACAAUGGCCGUGCUAAGGUCGUGCCAGAUGGCCCACGAGGUCGUUUUCACGACAUGUUUGAGGGCUUCCGCGACGAGCUGGACCAACACCACGACAGACGCGAGCGUCUUGUCAAGGCUUCGAGAGAUGUAACAGCACAAACACGCGACAGAGUCAAGGACAUCAACAAGGAGCUGCCUCCCAACAUCCAAAAGGACAUGGACACCAGAAUAGCCGAAAUCGCGACGCUGCUCGGCUCCAUCGCGCCGGACCUGCAGUCCAUUAACCGCUACCGCUACCAGUCGUCAAUGCGAUGCCUCGAGGAGCUCGUCGAGGCGCUCACUUUUGCGCACUACCUGCGCCACCAAACGCUCCUCACGCCGGCGGAGGCGCAGGCCGCCGUCCCCGCCGACGUCGGCCUCACCGAGUACGACUACAUGUACGGCGUGUUUGAUCUCUUUGGCGAGCUGAUGCGCUUCGCCACCGUCACGACGGCGCAGACGGGCCGGCUGCUGGGCGACGGCGGCCGCACGCUUCUCAGCGACAUGCAGGCGCUCGGCUGCGCGUUUGAGAUGAUGCGAGACGUCCCAACGAGGGACUACCGUAACAAGGUCGAGGCCAUGCGCCAGAGUGUCAAGAAGGUCGAGAAGCUGGGCUAUGGCCUCGUCGUUCGGGGAAGCGAGCGGCCCAGAGGGUGGGUGCCGGACAUGAAGGAGGAUGUCGUAGAUCACGGAUCACCAUAG